CCCAGCUUGCAGCGCAGCGCAGCUCUGCAGUUCAGCUCAGCACACAACAGACAAAAUAUAUCUGUAUCCAACAGUAGUAUAUACUAUUGUAGAAUUACAACUACAGUCGUAGAUCCUCAUAUCAUUCGCGCUUCUCGCAAACAAAAGCCUCGGCCGAGCUGCCUGCAUCCAGACAUCCCAAGUCCGCACCCAGUGGGGCUCCUUUCCUCGCUAUCUAAAAGCCGCUGGUUGACAAUAGACUGAAAUAAAGCUUUUUCCUCUCCUGCUGACCGCACCUGAGCUGAUCUUCUCCACCGGUGUCAGCGCGCGUCGUCGUCUGGAUUUAAAGACUCGAGUGUCCUCUCUUUUUUCUCCUGCUGCUGUCGUGAGACAUUUUUCUGAAUACACAAAGGCAACAUCAGCUCGCAUGACCUCCGCAUCAGACACAGACGAAGUCAUGCCGCAGGAAGCAGUCAACAACGGCGCAGAGGACGAAGAGAAAGCGCGCUCGCUGUCUGAGAAAACCGCAGAUGAGCCAGAGAAGAUGGCGUCGUCCUCCGCCGACCUCGAGCGCGGCGAGCAGGCGUCGACCUCCGCAUCAGCUACGCCGCCAGAGAAAGAGGACAAGCCGACCGGCCAAACAAUCGUGCUCAUGCCGCUCACGGACCUCAGCCGCGGCGUCGUAGGCUGGGAUAGUAUAGAGGACCCUAAGGACCCCAAGAACUGGGCGCCGGGACGGAAAUGGAGGACGAUGAUCCUCGUCGCCAUGUCGACGCUGCUGCUUCCCCUAGGCUCGACGCUCUUCGCGCCGGGAGUCGGGCUCGUCGCGACAGAGUUCCACGAGACUGAUACCACGAUCUUGACGUUCAUGGUCUCGAUCUUUGUCCUUGGUUUCGGAUGGGGUCCGAUUUUGUUCCACGCGCCGCUGAGUGAGCUGUACGGCAGGAAAGUCGUCAUCUCGCUCUCGAACCUGAUGUAUGCCUGCUUCAACAUCGGGUGCGCGUGGGCCACUAGCACAAAUAUGUUUUUGGCGAUGCGGUUCUUGGGCGGCUUGCUUGGUUGCGCGUCGAUGGUCGUCGGUGGUGGUGUUAUCUCUGAUAUGUUUUCGCGUGAUCAGAUGGGCCGCGCCUCGUCUAUGUACGCCCUAGGACCUCUGCUCGGCCCCGUCAUCGGCCCCGUCAUCGGCGGCUGGAUCGCCCAAGACCUAGGCUGGCGCUGGGCCUUCCGCUUCCUACUAAUCCUCAGCGGCACAAUGUUCUUUGUCUUCUCGCUGCUCGCCGAAGAGACCCACGCGCCCACGCUUCUCCGCCGCAAGACGCGCCAGGUGAAGAAAGAGCUCGGUCGCGAGGACCUGAUCUGCGCGACCGACGAGUUCAACCAUCGCACGCCCUCGCAGGUGUUUAUAAUGGGCAUCACGCGCCCGUUCGCGCUGCUGACGACAAACCCGGUCAGCAUGUUCCUGGGCUUCUACAUGGCCAUCGCCUUUGCGUUCCUCUACAUCUUCCUCACCACCAUCUCCGGCGUGUUCAAAGAGCGCUACGGCUUCUCGACCGGCACCACCGGUCUCGCGUACCUCGGCCUCGGCGUCGGCCUGAUGUCCACGCUCGGCGUGAUUGGCAGCACAAACGACAAGCUCGUCGCGUACCUGACCAAGAAAAACGGCGGCGUGCGCGAGCCCGAGUUCCGCCUGCGCCCGCUGUUUGUCUCGUGCCUGAUCCUCCCGAUCGCAAUGUUCUGGUACGGCUGGGCGGUCCAGGGCCACGCGCACUGGUUCGCGGUCGUGGCGUCGAUGUUCCCGAUGGGCGUCGGGAUGGUCUCGACCAUGUUCCCGAUCCAAACCUACCUGAUUGAAGUCUACGCGCCGUACGGCCUAUCCGCGAGCGCGAACGCCGCAGGAAACUGCUUCCGCAUGACGGCCGGCGCGUUUUUCCCGCUCGUCGCGCCGUCGAUGUUUGCGAGGCUGGGGUAUGGCUGGGGAUGUUCGUUGCUGGCUUUUCUCGCCCUGUUUUUUUGUGGGUCGAUGGCGGUGACGUUUGUGUGGUAUGGGAAGGUGUUGAGGGUGAAGUACCCUCCGAAGAUUUAGUGCGAGUUUGCUAGUUUCUGUUUUGCAUAGAUUAUGUUGUGUUUAUUUAGUAGAGUAAUGGUAGUAUCUUUCAUCUGAGG